UACUGCAAUGCUUUCAGAGUGGUCAGGUGCGGCAGGUGUCUGUUUGUGUGUAGAAGCAGAUGGCGCAGGUAAAGGUAGCGUUGUUUCGUGCGCAAGUGAACUUUGUAGUGUUCGUUUAUGGCCAGUAGAAUGGUAUCGUUGAAAUAUACGGUGCUAAUACACUCGAGAGAUAAGAUUUUGUAUCAUAUCUAUUGAGUAAUCUCGGUGCCAGAGCGGUGCAUCACGUACAGUUUAAACGUUGAAUGGGCGUGUGUAGUGAAUAAUUGUGACCGAGAAGUGUUUACAAAGAACUGGUGAAAAUGUCCCUUUUCAAAAAGCGUACAAGUAAAAAAGAAAGUAAUCCCUCCCCAGAAACAAAUGGUGAUGUUAGUGAUACAAAACCUCAUCAUCAAAAUGGAAACAAGACAGUACCAGAAAAAGUUGCAGAUUCAUCAGUUGGACGUCCGAAAUUAGUUUUCCAUUGUCAGCAAGCACAUGGAAGCCCAACCGGGUUAAUUACGGGAUUUUCUAACGUCCGUGAGCUCUACCAGAAGAUUGCAGAAUGCUACGAAUUUCCCGCUGAUGACAUCUUGUUCUGCACGUUAAACACACACAAAGUUGACAUGACCAAACUUCUUGGAGGGCAAAUUGGACUGGAUGACUUUAUAUUUGUACACAGAAAAGGUCGACCGAAAGAAAUUGAGAUCAGAAAAACAGAAGAUGCACUUGGACUGACAAUUACUGACAAUGGAGCAGGCUAUGCUUUCAUCAAGAGAAUUAAAGAAGGGAGUGUCAUUGACUCCAUUAAACACAUCCAGGUUGGUGACCAUAUUGAAAAGAUCAACUCUGAGAAUCUUGUGGGAAAACGACACUUCGAAGUAGCAAAAAUGCUCAAGGAAAUUCCAAGAGAUAGCACAUUUACAAUUAGACUUGUGGAACCACUUAAGGAUGGCUUCAUUAAUGUGGGACCAAAAGGUGAUUCUCGCAAGGGGAAGAAGGCGAAUUAUGGGACUGGCAAGGAGACACUCAGGUUUAGAGCCAACGGAGAGGCUCAGAUAGAGCAGGCUUCCGAUGAACAACAAGUUGCAAUUGACAAAAUCAAUAACUUACUGGAGAGCUUCAUGGGAAUAAAUGAUUCAGAACUUGCUACACUCAUCUGGGAGCAAGCACAAGGCAAAACAAACAGCAUGGAUUUUGCAGAAGCCAUAGACAAUUCAGAACUGGAAGAAUUUGGAUUCACAGACGAUUUUAUUAUUGAAUUAUGGGGAGUCAUUACAGAUGCACGAUCUGGACGUCUCAAAUGAAUUAAAAGUGCAUUUGGAGUAGGUCCACAUGAAGUUGGUGUUUACAUAUGGAGUACUGCAGUUUGCAAAAUGAAACUAUGCGUUUUGGGAAGAGUAUGAUACUACGAUUAUUCCUUGUUUGAAAAUGGGGAUAUUACAAUGCUAAAUGAAGAAUUUCUUAUCAGAGAUACAAAAUACUUUAGAAAUGUAUUAUAAAUUAUAUGACUAACAGUUGUAAGUAGAACAGAAUAUAUAGAUUUAUAAUAUAUAAAAUC